AUGUACGCAAGAACUCUUCCGUAUUUCUAUACGUUCACAGGUGACAACCCCCUCACAAAAUCAGGCGACAGUUUUAAUGUCUCAUCAAAUAUAUCGGCUAGACAGAUGAUAACACACUAUAUGUCUGUGUAUGUGUAUGUGUAUAUGUGUGCGCGAGUGGGAGGAGGAUGGCUGUCUGCUUUUACCCAUUCCACUCAUCCUUUCUCUACAACUACAACAACAACAAUAACAACAACAACAACAACAACAACAACAACAACAACUGCUAACUACCACUACCAUUCACUACCACUAUCAUUACUAAAUGAGGGACCAUUUGUAACUAAAUUUCUAAUGGAUCAUUGA